GUUUGGUUUCUGAAAAAUAAUUAAAUAAGUAUAUGCGCUGAGUGGUUUUCCUUUAUUGUAUUUUUCACAAUUGCCACGCGACAGACAAAAGAGAAAAUUGGCUUUUGAUGAUUCAUUUCGUAGACAAAGCGAAAGAAGAGAGGUGGUCCAAUAUGACGUAGUGCUUCUUCCCCCCACAAACAACCACCCCCUUUUCCAUGUUGGCUCAUGUCCACACAAAAACAUGUUUGACUCGCCUAUUAUCUCAUUUCUAAAGCUCACUUAUUAAUCAAAGUGUCUUAGUUGGUGUUUUUUCUGACUUCGCUCAUAAAGAUACCGUUCGCGUAUAUAUGUACAACGUUAAAGCAUGAUUCAUCCGUUGGUCAUGUCGGACAGCAGUAAUCUUUCCUACUGCCAGGCGGUGGCUAAUCGCACCUCGUUCUUCACAACCGCCUACAAUGGCAUACCAGAAACCCUUAUACUGAACACCAUCUUCUGGGUACUACUGAUACUUUUGUUCACGACCCUACGACACCAGGCUGGCGACUUUGGUCGCCUUGCGCUGGUCAACAGCAAUGGUAGUAAAAAGCGCUGGACUGAGAUAUUUUAUUCGCGGGCUGCUAGUGUAAUCGAUCCCCAGCCUAGCACUUCGACACAAGUGUCGCCGAGACCAAGUACCGCCACCCAGGUGAUCGCCGACUCCACGCCCUUGUCGCCUAUUCAACCCGAAGAGGGCCUAUUUGGCUGGAUCAAAGUCACGCUGAAAUUGCGCAAGGAGACCAUUCUGCUGCACACUGGACCUGAUGCAGUGCACUACCUGUCAUUUCAGCAGCAUCUGAUGGCCGUAAUGGCUUUGGUAACAAUAGUUUCGGUGGUCAUUAUAUUGCCCGUUAAUUUUCUAAACGGUCCCACGGAAAACCCGUACGAUGUAAAUGCUUUUGGCCGCACCACAAUGGCGAAUCUCUCACCAGAUUCGCCUUGGCUUUGGGUACACACUAUCAUAACGAUUCUCUAUAUACCGCUCGUGGUGCUUAUUAUGAGGCGAGCCUCUGGACGGAAUGCUUUCAAAAAGGCAGCCACUCGCACCAUUAUGAUAUCGAAUAUCUCCUCAAGCGAUCGUAACAAGACCGUGGUGCGGAACUACAUGCAGGAGCUCUUCCCGGAUGUCACCAUCGAGAAUGUGUCGAUAGCUUACAACAUUUCACGACUAUACGUAAGGAAUGCCGAGUUCGAGAGGGUUCACGACGCUCGUUUAUACUGCGAACAUCACCGAAAUAGAGAUACGCUGAUGGCUAAGCCGGAAAUGUGUUCCUGCAAGAAGGAAAACGCCUACGAGUACUAUCAGCGGGAGGAGCGUAAGUUAUCCGGGGACGUGGCCCGCCUGCGUGCUUCUACUAUGAACGAACCCCUGGACAUUGCGUUUAUCACUGUGUCCACCGUGCAAGAGGCGCAGAACAUUGUCACCCACUUCACGCCUGGAACCUACCGUCAAUGGCGCUUGGUUUUCGCUCCGUCCCCAGAUGACCUCUUCUGGGAGAACUUGAACGUGAACAAGAGCCACUGGUACUUAAAGUUCUUUUGCGUGAACGCGGUGCUCUUUUUGGUACUCUUCUUCCUGUCAACGCCGGCCAUGGUGGUAAGCCUUCUAAACAGCCGGCCAUGGAUAAAGGAAACAGAAGGGAAGAUCUCACCGCUUGUAUCCGAUUUCCUACCCACUUUAAUGCUGUGGACCCUGUCGGCAUUAAUGCCCGUCAUUGUGGCCAUUUCAGACAAGUGGAUGCGUCACUACACGCGCUCCAAGCAAAACUACUCGAUCAUGACAAAGUGCUUUAGCUAUUUGCUUAUGAUGAUUAUGAUUUUGCCCUCCCUUGGACUGACAUCGGCACAGGCUCUGCUAGAGUGGGGAUUCACCAAUCAGACUGAUCGCUGGCAGUGCAUAUUCUUGCCCGAACGAGGCUCAUUCUACGUAAACUACAUAAUUACGGCUGCGUUUAUUGGUACUGCGCUGGAGCUGUUGCGUUUCCCGGAGCUGAUUGUCUACAUUUGGUCAUUGCUAAAGGCUAAAUCGAAAGCAGAAACACCAUACAUUCGCAAGGCUAUUCUUAUUGAGUUUCCUUUCGGCACACACUACGCCUGGACCACGCUGGUUUUUACUAUAGCUAUUGUUUAUAGCGUAGCCUGUCCGUUGAUUAUGCCCUUCGCAAUGAUUUACAUUUGCCUGAAACACUUUGUAGACCGUCACAACCUCUACUUUGCAUACGGACCAUCGAACAUGAUCUCACGCAAGGGUGGAAAGAUACACUCGACGGCAGUCACAAUGACCAAGUUCUCCGUUGUGAUCUUAGUGCUGGUCAUGGCCAUGAUAUGUUACUUCCGAGGCGAUGACGGAAUGGCUCGCUUCCUGCUGCUUAUCAUCAGUCUGGCGAUCACCCUGACACUGUUCACUUUUAUGUCACCAAUUAAACGCUGUGCGGCGACGCGGCGUCCUAGUAUUGUGGAGAUCGCUGGUCCAGCGCCUAUCUACGUGCCCGAUGUGCUUAAAGAUAAUGGGGUGAGGACCAGCGGCGUGCGACCAUCGGUGACAGGAUUCGGAGGCUACGGCUCCGACAGCGUGUCCGAGUACGACAGCUCGCAGUACAGCGUGAACAGUGUGGAGGCGUAAAUGGUAUUAAUGUCGUGAGACACCAAAUUUAUUUUUGUAAAAUAUCUAUAAAAGCCACUGAGAACUUUGCAAGUUGACGGCUUUAAUUUGCAUGUGAAAAAGAAUGAUAGGAGGACAACAGCAAGAGAAUUUGUGAUACCUAAACCAGCCUCAAUGUCGUUUUUGAUAUGACCCCUGCACGCAAACGCGAGAGCAAUAUUUAUUUCUGAUCUGUAUAUAAUCUACCUAAUUUCUCAAUUUUAACUAUAACAACUGUACAUACUAUAUUCCUUUUGCUAAAUGCUUAACAAAGGGCUCGAUGCUAAUCUGUCGAAGCAGUAAUGCUGGUUAUAUUAUACAAAUGAAACACACAGUGCAUUAUAAUAUUUUCACGUAAUUUUUUUAUUUAUGGUAAAUAAAAAACUAUUAAGUUUA